AUGUCUGGCUUUCCAAAAGGGAGGCGCUUGACGCCGGUAGAGGCUGGUGGGUGAAAAAGACCGACGAACCGGGUGGAAGCCCCGUAAGCGAACUGACGUUGUACUCUGUACAUUGCGCUGUUUCUUACAAGUCUGUCAGGAGCGGUUAAAGGCUGUUGCGCCCGGAUUCGACCCCGCCGCCUCUCCAGGUCUCUUCGUCUGGCGUGAGCGUGUCUGUGUUUGGAUAGCGCACAGAGGCAGAUUGUUGGUCCUACAGUAGCUGUAUUCAGGGGUUCGGCCAGACGGUCUCUCAGCGAUCCGCCAUGGGUGACAUGAGUGAUCUGGACAGACAGAUCGAUCAGCUGAGGAGGUGUGAGCUCAUCAAGGAGAACGAGGUCAAAGCCCUGUGUGCCAAAGCCAGAGAAAUUCUUGUAGAAGAGAGUAACGUACAGAGGGUGGACUCUCCGGUGACGGUGUGUGGUGACAUCCAUGGCCAGUUUUAUGACUUGAAGGAAUUAUUUAGGGUGGGAGGCGACGUUCCAGAAACAAACUACCUCUUCAUGGGAGAUUUUGUGGACCGAGGCUUUUACAGUGUUGAGACCUUUCUGUUAUUACUUGCUCUGAAGGUGCGCUAUCCAGACAGAAUCACCCUGAUCCGGGGAAAUCACGAGUCCAGACAGAUCACGCAGGUGUACGGCUUUUACGACGAGUGUUUAAGAAAAUACGGCUCGGUCACGGUAUGGCGGUACUGCACGGAGAUCUUCGACUACCUGUCCCUCUCCGCCAUCAUCGACGGCAAAAUCUUCUGUGUGCACGGAGGCCUGUCGCCCUCCAUCCAGACUCUGGACCAGAUCAGAACCAUCGACAGGAAGCAGGAAGUGCCUCACGAUGGGCCCAUGUGUGAUCUUUUGUGGUCUGAUCCUGAAGACACCACGGGAUGGGGCGUGAGCCCGAGAGGUGCCGGCUAUCUGUUCGGCAGCGACGUCGUGGCCCAGUUCAACGCCGCCAACGACAUCGACAUGAUCUGCCGGGCGCAUCAGCUUGUCAUGGAAGGUUACAAGUGGCACUUCAACGAGACCGUUCUCACUGUGUGGUCUGCUCCCAACUACUGCUACAGAUGUGGUAACGUGGCGGCGAUCUUGGAGCUUGACGAGCACCUGCAGAAAGAGUUCAUCAUAUUCGAAGCUGCUCCACAAGAAACGAGAGGCAUUCCCUCCAAAAAGCCAGUCGCUGACUACUUCCUGUGAGCUUCCUGUGUCCUUCGGAUGCAGUCGCUCUCAAAAAGAAGUGGUGCCCUGUGUGUACUUGUGUUUCUGUUUCCCUCUCCCUGCCCAACUGUCUUAAUUGUUUGUUUUUUUUGGGUUUUUUUUUUAAUUUCUCUGUAAUAUUCCUUUUUUAAUCCUAUUUUCCAUCCACUUUCACAUUCUCUCUUUGCCAUCAAGACACAUUGGCAUUAUAGUCUCCUCCACUGCUGUGAAAUCUCUCGCUCUCAGACUCACGGUAUGCUGUAGAUGUAGACGUUUAUGAUGUACGUGAAGAGCCGAAGGGACGGCGGAAGAGGGAGAGCGCCGCUUUCACCUUAUAUUUCUGCUGUUCCUCAGAAAGUUGCAUUUGGAAACGGCAGGUUGUUGGACAUUUUAUUUUCAUUUUCUUGCUUUACAUUCUCUUCUCGUGUAAAUUGUAAAUGCGUAAGAGAAUGGAUAUGCUUCGAUUUAUAGUUUACGGUCAUCUGUUUUCACCAGAGUCAUCGUAGAUUCACAGCUUUUGAGUUUUGUGCAGGAAACGGCUGCCGACGCUGCGCUAACACGAGCUACACUGGAGAACAUUCUCACACACACACACACACACAAACCAAACUGGAGUUAGAACAUGUGCUUUCCCUCUUGACUGUUCUCUCUAUAGGACUUAUUGUUGAUUUUUAUUUUUAAUUUGUGAAAAUAAAAAUGUACUUUUGUAUGAAUUGAA